GGUUGGCAUUUGUCAGAUAACGAACCAUAUCAUCCGACAUCUCACCUGGGUAUCCCUGCCCGAGCCAAAGACGGUCAAAACCCUGAAUCAGAUCAUUCCGCAGGGAUGAUGCGAGUUGGUGAUUGACCAAUCAUGACCUACUGUGCAUCAGAGAAGACAUAACUUUGUUUGAAUUUGCAUUCACUGCAACCUGACGCCGAAUUGGUCGUCCAGCGGGCAACUCUGGCUGAGUCGCUGCUCAGCCUCCACAUUGCGUACUCGAAGAAGCCUCCAAGCCCGGCUCGUCUCGGCAUGGGCUUGAUCCCUGUCCGCCUCGUGACCUCCGAUAUUUCAGCUUCGGCAUUCUCAUCGCCGACUCGGACCAGGCGGAUGAUUAGCAAUCGAUCGCAGGCAUGUGAGCAUGUUAUCGACUACGAUGGUCUGAAAACCUCCCUCCUCCACAAUUCUGACAGCGAACCAAGCGAAACAUGCCGGACCAAGUGUUCCCAUUCUCAAUGCCAGCACCACUCUGCCCCCCCUGGUUCACAAUGCUCUUUUGAAACCGCCUGCCCUGUACUACCGGGCCCGUUACACCUACGUCAGUUUAAGCGUUGGCCAGCCGUUCCCGAGAAAUUCUUCAGCACAUCAUUCUCUCCGAUAACCGAGUCAUGUAACCUAUGGAAUCCUCACCCCCGGUCAUGGUCCUCCCCGCCCCUCUCGCCCGAGAAGCGCCGUAGAUCCCCCCAUUUCAUCCCGCAGCCUCACCAAGAAAAACCGCCGGCGGCCACCGCCCGAUUGUACACGUACAUCUUAUCCGUCAUAGGUAGCGUACACCGCGCCUUGACCUUACCUGCCGAGAUGGCGACGUUCUAUGACCACCCUCCCUUCCACCGACCCUCACCUCGGGUACACUGCAAAUCCACCUGCCGCAGCAGAACAGCCCCGUCCAAAUACUUCACCGCGAUGUGCCCCUCGGGGAUGCAAUCGACGAAAAUAUGCAUUGCUGCCAAACCAAACGGCCCGUCGCACCUCGUGGAGAACAACACAUUCGACAGCCCAUCCAACAAGCCCACCGAGUCAGUGCGUACCCGCCUCGGUUUCCUUCCCUCGCGGUUCUCGGCCUACCAAUGAGCACAAGGCGGCUCGUGGGCUGCACACACCCCCUCCUCUGGUUUAGUAAAGCUAGGGGCCAGUACCUAGGAGGCGACCCCAAGGGCCCAGCGGGAGGAGAAGUGAGGCGUUCUUGUGAAGCAGGGAUUCAUUCACCAGCGUGGGAGCCCGAUGUUUCGCUAUAUCGGGCUCCCGAUAGCAAUGCAAAGCAUCGGGCUGCCAAAAACCUGCCAAAACACGUCUUCUGCGUUGCAAGUAGCCAAUCUCCUUGGGGGGCUAAAUGUCUAGCCCCGUGCC